AUGACUGGUUAUGCAGAUGCAGGUUAUUUGUCUGAUCCAUAUAAAGCCCGAUCUCAAACAGGCUAUCUAUUUACUUGUGGAGAGAUAAUAGCUAUUCAUGAGGCUAGUCGAGAGUGUGUAUGGUUGAGAUCAGUGACUCAACACAUUCAACAACUGUGUGAUUUUUCUUUAAAAAUGAAAAUUCCAACGAUAUUGUAUGAAGAUAAUGCUGCUUGCAUAGCUCAACUAAAAGGAGGAUAUAUCAAAGGAGACAGAACAAAACAAAUUUCACCAAAGCUUUUUUUCACGUAUGAUCUUCAACAAAAUGGUGAGAUAGAUGUUCAACAAAUCCGUUCAAGUGAUAGUCUGGCAGAUUUGUUCACAAAGGCAUUGCCAACAUCAACAUUUGAGAAGCUGAGACAUAAGAUUGGAAUGCACCGUCUCCGAGAUAUCAAAUAA